AAAUCUUCCCAGCUGGUCAGCAUGUUUAGGAGAGACUUGAGACCUGAUUCUUGCUUCUUCAGCUUUCUGGUCGGUCUGUCCAGGAGUCUCCUCGCCUUUGCAGCCCUUGCCAAGAACCAGACUUCUAAAGGUUUUGCUCCUGUCACAAUUGAGACCCCGAGACACACGUAUGAAUACGUGGCCACUGCUCUGGACUGGUGGCAAGCUGACAGGUACUGUGAGCAGCACUUUGCUCAGCUGCUCUUUGAGCCCCAGCACAGCGAGCAAGGCUCCUUCAGCAAACUGCUGCAGUCCCACCACAUCAGAGGUUCUGUCUGGCUAAAGGAAAGGGACAGUGUCCUGCACAAAACAAAGAGGAGACGUGGCCACACUGUACCAGUCCUGGUAUUCAGAGACAAAACAGACACAAAAUAUGUGAAAGUGCUCUCUGACUUCCCGGCACUGCCUGCUGUCACAGCCUGUGCCCACCUGCAGUGGGACACCAGGACCCAGGAGAUCGCUACCAUCUUCUCCUACGCCGUGCCUGCUUUCAUUAACGAGUUCCAGCUCCGUGGCUUUGUGGAUGAGGAGGGCUUUGUUCGCUUUGCUCUCAUCGUCCACGGGCACCAUUCCCCUUACCUGCCUGUGUUCCGUGCUGAUGGACAGUGGCAUCACUUCUGCGUGACCUGGCAGCAGGAAAAUGGGACCUGGGCCAUCUAUGCCGAUGGGAAAAGGAGAGCGUCAGCCAGUGGUUUGUGCUCUGCGGGGCCCUCUGCCCCCCAGGCCAUCCUUGGCCAGGGCACCUUCAUAAUUGGGCAGGAUCAAGAUUCCCUGGGGGGCACCUUCAGGGCAAAGGAGUCCUUCAGUGGGAACAUCACUGACCUGCACAUCUGGCAGAAAGUCCUCAGCAGCGAGCACAUUGAGAAAGUUCGCUCCUGCUGGGUGGUAGAGCAGGACCUUAUUUUUGGGUGGAGCUCAAAUGCCCUGGAAGUGGAGAGCACCGUUCAGGCAGUGGCCACACAGCUUCUUUGCCCAGGGCCUGUGGAGGAAUGCAGAGUUUUGGAAGUCGGCAGCAGUGGAUUCAGUUAUGCAUCUUGUUUGCAGACUUUGCCUUUCAUCUGUCACUACAGCAAGGAUGCAUACUGGCAACUGAAGAGAGCUCAGCUGGAGUCCAGUCACUCGCUCGCCAGCCGCGUGAACAGCCUUGCAGUGAGGACUGUGAUUCCUGACAGUGUCUUCACGAGUGGUGUGCAAGACAUGAACCUCUCUGUGGCUCUUGAUGCUCUUGAUAUCUUGGCAACUGUUCUGAGAGAAGGAGAAGUGCCCAUGCUUGAGCCAUCUGACCUCCUCACAGUCCUUCAAUUACUAAAGCAAGUUUCAGAUUUGGAAAUCCAGGAGGGAGAUGAGCUGGAGAUGCUGGAGCAGUUGGGCCAGUAUUACAUGGAAGUAACUGAGUUAAUUCUGGAAGAGCAGAAUUCUGGGACGUGGUCAUCGAUCAGCCAGGUUAUCAGGGGGCCCAUGGCUGUGGUUGAGCUCUGUGACAGAAUGGUGUCACUCUUGGUCCCACUGCUGACCACAGAGAGGACAAAGAUCACGAUCCAGCAUGGGAAUAUUGGGAUGGAGGUGAGGGAGCUGGAGCUGAGCGAGCAGGAGCUGAGUGGCUCGGCAUACGUGAUCCCGACCCCUGAGAAAGGCAGGCACGACCUCAUCGAAGUUCCCGCGGAGGAAAUGCAAAGGCUGAAAUCCAGAGGUCUCCACAGAGUCACAGUGAAGAACAUGUGGUUUGGCUACGGCUCCCUGCAGCGCUGCCUGUCCAGCAGCGGCACCAGAGCAGUGUCCCAGGACACGGCUGCCCCUGAUGGGGGUCAGAAGUACCUGAGCACCACAGUGGGCACAGCUGUGGUCUCAUCCACCCUGCUCAGUGACGCCCAGGAGAUCAGCACGUCCGUGCGCUACCACCUGCAGCACCGCGCCCAGGACCUGCCCAAUACUCUGGUGGGGCCCAUCUGUGCCUUCUGGAACUUCAGCCUCAGCCCAGAUGCUGGUGGGAUGUGGUCCACAGCUGGCUGCUCUGUGGCCAAGUCUCUCCCAGACUCCACUGCCUGUUUUUGCAACCACACCACAAAUUUUGCCAUCCUGCUGCAGGUGUACGAGAUGGAGAGGACCACCAAGGAGGAGUUCACACUGCAGACUUUGACUUUUAUUGGAUGUGGAGUUUCCUUCUGUGCCUUGAUAGUCACCUUCAUUUUGUUCUUGGUAGUUCGUGUCCCCAAGAGCGAACGAACAACUGUGCACAAGAACCUGAUCCUUGCCCUGGCUGCAGGAGAAGCUCUGCUCAUGUUCAGUGAGCUGGCCAAGGCCAACCAGGUGCUGUGUUUCAUGGUCACUGCCUUCCUGCAUCUCUUCUUCAUGGCAGCCUUCUCAUGGAUGCUGGUAGAGGGGCUUCUCCUCUGGAGCAAAGUGGUAGCAGUCAACAUGAGUGAAGGCAGGAGAAUGAAGUUCUACUACGUGACAGGCUGGGGGCUUCCAGUCCUUAUCGUGGGGGUGACCCUUGCAACUUCCUUUAACAAGUAUGUGGCAGCCAACCAUUGCUGGCUGAACGUGCAGACCAACGUCAUCUGGGCCUUCGUGGGGCCUGUGCUCUUCAUCCUGGCUGUGAACAGCUUCGUGCUGCUCCGGGUGGUGGCGGUGACUGUGGCCAGCGCUCGCAGGAGGUCGAAGAUGCUGACGCCCAACAGCAGCCUGGAGAGCCAGAUGGGAACUCAGAUCUGGGCCACGGCCAAACCCGUCCUGGUGCUGCUGCCCGUGCUGGGGCUCACCUGGGUGUGUGGGCUCCUCGUCCACCUCAGCAUCGUUUGGGCCUAUGUCUUUGUUGUGCUGAACUCCCUUCAGGGCCUGUACAUAUUCCUGGUCUACGCAAUCUAUAACAGCGAGGUGAGGAAUGCCAUCCAGAGGAUGAAGGACAAGAAGAAAGCUCUCUCGUUCACAAACUGCUCACAUCACAUCAACUACCUAUCCAGUCCAAGGAACACGACCUCCUGGGACACAGGGAAACUGAGUCCUGCAGCUGAGACUGCCCUGCCAAGCCCUGUGCAGAAAGACCCUCCAGUGAAGAAUAUCACCAACAAAGGAAAUUUUGGAGCCAAAAUUCCCAUGGGCAUUUCAUCCAUUAUGUCACCCGAGAGACCGGCCGUCGAGCUGACAGCGUUCAAAUGCUCAGGUUUCUGAGAAGUUUCUGGGUGACGAGCCUGCAAUGCAGAGGGUUCUCCAGCAGGAAGGAUGGCAGGCUGGAAGAGCUGGCUUCCCAUGGAGAGCUUCCAGCCCGGGCAGAGCUGACACCCUGCACUCCUUCCCAGCACCACAUGCUGCCAAACCAAGGCAGGGGCAGUGUGGGGUCUCAUGGGGCUUUGUCUGCUGCUGAUGACUGCCCUGCUCCUCUCCCGGGUGGGUACUUGUGUUCUGGGGUCCCCACGGCUCCUGCAGCCUCCGCCAGGGCAGCCAGGGCUGGCCUGGGGCGGCGCUGCCCCCACCGACCCCGGCCCCGCCGGCAGCGCUGGCAGUGCAGGGUUGU